ACCGGAAGUUGCUGUCUCCCAGUGAACCGGACUGUCGCGAAGAGGCAAGGCGAGUGCAGGUGGAGGAAGGUCCACCUUCCAGGAGUCAUGGGCCGCAGAAAGUCAAAACGGAAGCCGCCUCCCAAGAAGAAGAUGACAGGCACCCUAGAGACCCAGUUCACCUGCCCCUUCUGCAACCACGAGAAGUCCUGUGACGUGAAAAUGGACCGUGCCCGCAACACCGGAGUCAUCUCCUGUACUGUGUGCCUCGAGGAAUUCCAGACUCCUAUCACCUAUCUCUCAGAGCCGGUGGAUGUUUAUAGCGACUGGAUAGAUGCCUGUGAGGCAGCCAACCAAUAACAGCACAGAGGACCCGCCCCUCAUGCCCACCCACUGGGUGCCAAACCAGAGACAUUCCAGGGGUCCAGGGUGUGGGUCCAGAGUCAUCCCACCAGCCCCCUAUGGAUGCGGGCAUGGGUGUGGGUGUCCAUGAGUGUGGGAGUGAGUGAGUGAGUGAGUGUGUGUGUGUGUGUGUGUGUGUCAGUCAGGAUGGGGUUGUGUGGUUGCUGAGGUUAAGGGACUUAACUGGCCACACUGGCCUCAAACACCUUUGUCUGGCUCCCUACUCCCCAACCCUGGGCCUCCCUGCCUGUGGGAGCUGGGGGCCCUUUUGGGCAGGCUCCUUGCUGACAUCCCCAGGGAGGCACAGCAAGCCCAGCAGAAGCUACAGCAGGGCCCACCACAGCCUCCUUGCCCAGCUCCCCAGCCCGCUUUAACUGGACUUCCCACCCGCUUGCAAUGCCUGUGGCCCACCGGGGAGGGAGGGGCAGGACGGCAGGGAACAGCUAGAAGUGAUCAGCCCUGAAAUAAAGCAGUCAGUGCCAGA